GAUGUUUAGUGGUGAUGAAGGGUUAAUGUCAAGUUGUGAUCUUGGCUUAAACUUUGAAAUUCCUAACAUCUUUUUGAAUGUUAGUGAUGAAUCUAGCAAUGUUGACUCAUUUGAGCAUUUAGUUAAUGCUUCUGAUGAUGUUAACCCUAAUUUCCACCAUUCUUUCUCUAAAGAAAAGAGCUUUAGUGGCAGUGAUGCUAGCAAUGGCUCAAUCCCCCUUUCAUACCCAUAUCAAGAAAGUUUCCCAUUUUGUCCUUCUAAUGUUCAUCUUCCACUAUCACAUGAUGUGUGUGAUCAAUCCAUCAAAUUUCAUAUGAUGAAUGAGAUGAACAACUCAUGCAUACCAACCCAAGUGUUUUCUGAUGGAAGUCUCUACUUGACACAAGAUCUAGCAGCAGAAAAGGUUAGAAUGGAGAAUUCACUUGUUUCGAAUUGCGAAAACCCUCUCAAGAGGAAGCAUGUAACAUCCGAUUUGCGGGAUGCAAUGGAUGAUGAAGUCAACAAUCAAAAAACUGAUAAGAACCCGAAGAAAAGAGUUCGUGUUUCCAAAGAGAUUAAAACUAAGACGAAUGCGCAAUCAAAGAAGAACCAGCAGAUGAAUCAGGACACAGAAAAUGCAAACAACAAUAAUGGGGAGAGGAAUGGACAAAGUUCUAGUUCUUGUAGCUCAAGUGAUGAUUGUAAUGGGUCUCAAGACAUGGACGGCACGGCUAACCCGAAUGUAAAGACGAGAGCCAGUAGAGGCACUGCGACUGAUCCACAAAGCCUCUACGCAAGGAAAAGAAGAGAGAGGAUAAAUGAGAGAUUGAGAAUCCUUCAGAACCUUGUACCAAAUGGUACAAAAGUUGACAUUAGCACAAUGCUUGAAGAAGCAGUGGAAUAUGUGAAGUUCUUGAAGCUUCAAAUUCAGUUGUUGAGCUCAGAUGACAUGUGGAUGUAUGCUCCUAUAGCUUACAAUGGAAUGAACAUGGGCCUCUACCAGAAUAUUACACCAAAUCUAAAAAUUUGAUUAGUUUGGGAUUUUAGUUAAUUACUGAUGCUAAAUAAAAAAGAAGAUGAAAAAUAUUGAAUAAUUACAUAAACUAUGACUUGUAAGUUUUUAUUAUGUAACUAUAAGAUUUAUACAUACUAAAUGUUAAACCGUAA